AUGAAGGUUCUCAUAGCAAACAGGGUUCGGGUUUCCAAAUCCGUCUUCAUGAACGAUGCCAGCGACUGGUCUGAUGGCUCCGACUUCCCUGAUGCUCCACCAGUGGAGUUGAGGGAGGUGGCCGUGGACGAUGAGAGCGCAGGUCUGGGGAUGUUUGCAACUCAGAACAUCAAGACAGGCGAGCACAUCUUGUACGAGGAUCCUUUCCACGAGCAAGUGGCAAACUACUCCUUCUGCCGGCCGGAGAUGCAGAUCGACCCGGAGGCUCAGAGCCUGCAGGAGGAAAUGGAGAGGUUCGCACGCAAGUACAGCCACCUCCCACAUGGACACCCCGACAAGUACCCACCGGAGGCACGGGCGGUCAUGGAUCGGUUGAUCGACAAGGGGACGCUCUUCACCUACGAGCAGAUGUCGCAAACGGCGAGGGCCAAGUUCAGAGCACUCGCAGAUUGCCUCGGAAGGAUCCUGCCAAAUAAUCCGGUGAUCAUCACGGGCCUGACCUCGGAAGCUGGCAUUCAACUGAAUGGGCUCAGCGGAAUUGCUCGUGACUUCGAUGGACAGAGAUGGGCUGUCAUCUUGCCCCAGCUUGGUGGCAAGAAGAUCAAGCCAGGAAACCUAAAGACACCAGGAGGCAUUCUACGGACCAACAGCUUUCAGGAGGCAUCCCCUGAUGGGUGCGUUACAGAGGUCAUGUUUGAGUACAUAUGUCGCAUCAACCACUCAUGUGUACCCAAUGAACAAAUGUAUCGAAGAGGCGACUGGGACCCGGCGGUGACUUUGUGCUGUUUGCACUGCGCGACAUUCGCGAGGGAGAGCAGCUCUUCAUCGACUACGGCGUCCCAGAGGGUGAUCUGCAAACCAGAAGGGGUUGGUUGA